UCCUCCUAUUUGCAUCGUAUAGCUCCUUGUUCCGCCGGUUGUCAGGGCUGCACCCAAAUCUGGACAAACAGCCGAGAGCGCGCCUGCCGGACAAGGAACCAGGAAGAGACGGUGCGGGGAGUGAUCGGAAACAGGGAGAGCAACAGAAAACAUAACGAGAACGUAGAGACCGCCGGGAUCACCGGAAGUAGAACAGAGGCGACCUCCUCCUCCAAGAUGUCUUCCGGGAAUAUUAAGGAUCAGCUCCAGGCGGAGUGGAACGACGUUCUGGGGAGAAUCGCCAGCAAACAGAUGUUUCAGUCCAGCUGGGAUAUCGCAGCGUUUGUCAUAUUUUUUGCCUUUAUCGGACUCGUUCUGCUUCUUAUCGUCUUGGUUCUCAUCAGAUGUUUCUGCUGCUGCUGCUGCGAUUGCGAAUCGUCUGGGCACAAGAAGCAUUACAAGCAGAAGGUCGGCGUCGACAAUUUGGGGAUGGAACCAUAAUUCACGAAGCCAAUGGAACGAGGACUUUUUUUUACCUACCCUGCUGAAAUCAGACCGGAUCCGUGCAGGCAAAAAAUAUCAUUUUAUCAAUUAAUCAUUUUAAUUAAAAUUGAAAAUAUCGCUUAAAUACAAAUUCUUAAAGUUCAGUCGUUAAUCAGUCGUUGGUCUCGUCUUAGAUUCAGGAGCCGUAUGUCUAUCCCAUGCAUGUUAAAUCCCCUCACUGUAUUACCCUCUACCACCUCUGCUGGGAGGCUGUUCCCCUUAUCCACCACCCUCUCAGUAAAGUACAACUGCCUGCAAAUAAUAGGAAGGAAAUAAUGUUGCCGCGACCCACCGUUCAUCCUAAUCAGGCAACAGAACGCGGUGAAUCCAAACCCAAAAAAGUAGAGCGUCAGCAACGUCCACAUUCCGCUGCUGUUAAAAAAAAAAAACGAAAAAAAAACUUUAUACUAAUAAUAUAUAUUUCUAAGAAAAGCCAUUAUGAAUCUUGAGGGUAAGACGUUGUCAUGGUAACAGCAGGUAUCUAUAUAAAGAUAUUAAAAAGACAUAAUGACAGUAAUUGCAAACAGACAUAAAAUGUAUUUUGUACGGAUAAAAUUUAAAAAAAAAAAUAUUUUUAUAGAAAAACUACCCAUACAUUUUAGCCUCUAAAAAAUUCACCUUUUCCCACCUAUUUGCACAAAAAUAUUUGACUGCCGUUAACUUAUUUUAAUCCUAAAUACAUGAACACGGUGACGAGUAAUAUUUUUAUUUUUUUAGAAGAUAUUUUUGUAAAUUUGAGCCUCAAAUUUGAUUCGUUCUUUUUCAUAUAAUUUUGCCCAAUUAAAGUCCAAAUAUUAAUUCUGGCGGCGUGUUGCGAUAUGUUUGUUUUUUGCUCUUGUGUUUAGUAUUUUUUAAAUAAAAUUU